CAAGUAUCUGAUGGGUAACAUGCAGCAAAGCAACUUUUCAUAUAUUAUUUCAAAGGUAGAUGCCAUCAUUUUUGUUUCUUAUCAUAAAUUUAUUUUGUUACGCCACUGUGAACUGCAGAUAGACAACUCGCUAUUCAAAGAUCUGCUUUGCUGGUUACCUGUGCAUGUUCAUGAUUCAUGAUACUGUCAUUUUGUCAUAGUGUGAGCUGUGAGGUUAUCUUGUUGUGAUUAGGAUGAAAAUAAACAUUCUUUGGGCAUACUCAAAAAUAUGUAUGCUAUCUUAUUGUAGGUUUUGGUCAUCUAAUAUAUGGUAACUUGUCACAAUGAAUGAACAGGAAUACUACAAACAGCUUGUGUCAGAUGCCGAAGUAAUAAACGCACUUCUCAAGGAGGGUGAAGCUUUAAAUUAUUGCGGUCCAGUUAAAAAGCCUAGAGCUAGACCUAACUUGAAUUUCAUUCAACGAACAGUCUCGAAUGUUGUAUCUUCCAACCAAAGGAAAAUCUCAGAGAUAGAUAAGAGAAUUGAGACAGAAAAAAAGAAAAACUCACACUACAAGGGAAAAAAACAACCAGAAACUUGUUAUGUACGUACAAAAGAUAAGUGGAGUGAAGAAGAGAUACUUGCUCACAAGAGAGCAAUGCUAGCAUGUAAAAUAAGUUUUGUCAGGGCCCUUGAAGGUAUAUCUGCGCCAGAGAAAGUAGGCCUUUUUGACAAACCUUCCCUUCCUAAGAAGCAUGUACCAAGAAAGAAAAAUCAGGAACAUAGAACAAACCCAAAGAGAUCAGGCUCAGAGAGUUCCUCAUCAAGUGUUAUUAUAUGUGAUAAUCUGUCAGAUGUGGGAACAAAUGAAUCAUGUUCCAGUGUAGAAUUGAAUGGAAAUGCAAAGAAAAACAGAUCUAGAGAAGGCUCAAAGUCAAGUUCCUCAUGUUACAGUAGUGAUUUGGAUGCAAAAGAUAUCCCUAAUAAACAAACACAAAGACCUUCAAAGUCGAGAAGUUCAUCUUCUAGCAGUAGCUACAGUGAUAGAACUCGUUCAAGACACUCUAGGUCAAAGUCUAUGUCAUUGUGUAAUGGUUCAGCUGUCAGAGAAGAUAAGUCAAGAAAAUGCUUUAAAAGGAGUAGAAAAAAACGUGAGAGCAGUUCUGCCUCUAACACUGAUGAUUCUGAUCCAAAAAAAGAUAGUAGUGGAACUGUGUUUAGUUCUCUUUUGGUAUCUAAUUCAUCUAUUAGCAAAAGUAGUAGUACUGUAAUAUGUAUAUCAGACUCUGAUAUGGAAUCAUACACCCCUCCAAGAUAUUCCAAGGAUCGCAAGAGACACUCAAGUAUGGAUCUAACAAAUAAGAGGAAAUAUGUUGAUAAAAAAUGCAAAAGGCGUUGUUGGAGGAAGAAACACAAAAGGCAUAGUGUGAGUUCAAGUUCCACAGAUGAUGAAGUAGUAGAUCAAAAGUGCAUUGAUAAGAAAUGGAAAAAAUGUUGCAAAAGAAAGAAACUAAGAAGGCAUAGCACAACGCACAAUGAGGAUGAUUCUAAUGUAGCUAUAGUUAUUAUAGAUGAAUGAAUUAAAUUGUUGUGAUAGCAAAGCCAUGAAAAUUCAGAGGAAAAGGUUGUACUGUUUUGAAAUGCAUCUUUGUAAUAAUACAAAUGCUGAACUGAUUAUUAGUGUGGUGACCUAUUCUGUUGUUACCGUAUUGGCACCCAGGGCCUAUGUCCAGAGACCCUGCUUGCUAGCAAAUGCUAAAAAUAAAAAAUUCUGGCUACCUCCAUCAUCUUCAAUUUUUUCCAUCUGCAAAACCGGGCCAAGGUUGUCACUCAGGCCUGGGGUCCUUCAGUUGCAGACCCAUGUUUUUUGUGUGCCCAGUAGCUCCUACAUAGCUUAACACUGCCUUAAUGGUGACUCUUAAAUGAAUAAUAAUCUUAUUUUUGAUAAUAGCUUGUAUUUUCUUUAUCUGUCAAAGUGGUUUCAUUAGUUAGAAAGAGGGCCUUAUUUUAAGUGCUAUAUUUCUAAGAUUUCAGCUGUAGCAAAUUGCUGGUUCACUUUCAUUGAUGUUUUGUAAAUUUUUUUGACAUCUUUCACAUAAUUAUUUUUGAUGCUUUAGUUAAUUUCAUAAACAAGUAUAAAGACUUACACUUCAAUAAAAGUAAACACAGCAGCAGACUUUCUCUUCUACAUUUUCAUGUUUAUUUAAUUUUUGAUUUUUGUCCUUAUUUAAUUCUUUUUUUGACGACUUUAUUGAGUUUAAUUUAGUAAAUUAAAUAUGCACACCUCAGACAGAGUAUGUUCCCAUAGACUGCAUUAUAUUUUAUUCGACACACAGUAGAAACUAAUCAUAAAAUUAAGAAUUAACAUAUGUUUUUUGGUUUCACAGGCGGUGUUUAUAUUCUAUAAUUUCAGCAGUUUCUAAAACACCCAUAUGAAUUAUUAUAGCACAUAUUUGGUAACACGUUGACGAAAAAUUCUUUUGUGAAACCUUUACGUAAUUAAUAUGAGAAACUGCUGGAAAAUAUAGUUUUUUAUUUGAAUACUGCUGAAUUUAAUGAGGGAUAAGGGCUAUCACACACCAGGGUCGGCAGGGGGGAGAGUAUUUGGAGAAGGAUUGCCCUCCUGGUAGCAUAGGGAAGGGAAAAGUUCCCCCUGAUUCCACGAACCAACCAUUGGCGUAUCCAGGAAAAAUUUAUAGAGGGACGCAGAUUGCACAAAAGGUAUUAACCUCAUCAUGACGGUUCUAUAAGCUUGAUAGUUUACAUGAAAUUGUAAUUAGAACUAAAAAACUUGCCCCAAAAUUAGUAAAAUAAAGUCGCUGCCAACAAUCUGAUUUAUAAGAUUUAGUUAAUAACGAGAAAUGUUGCCCCACGUUUACCAGUUACUUGGGCCCGUAUCGUCAGUCGUCCCUACAAUUGUAGGGCGCCUUUAUGGCCUCCUUGAUUGUCAUAGUUUUCUA